UAAAAUAAUAAAAAAUCUUCACAAAAUUAUAAUUAUUAAAAUAUCUAAAUAUUGAAAUGUAUAUAUUAUGAUAAUGAAUGCUAUUUCAAAACAAAAAGAUAAAAUAUAAAUAUUUUUACAGUUGAUGGAUUAUAAAGAUAAAAUAAUGCGUAGAUCUCACGGAGGAAAUUAUUAUGAUCCGCUGCCUUCAAACAGUUCAUAUGGUGGCGAGUUUAUUGAAACAGAAAAUGAUGAUUUAACAGAACAGCUAAAAGAUAAGGUGAAUACUUUGAAGUCUCUCUCGAUUGAUAUUGGUGCAGAAGUAAAAUAUCAGGACCGCUUACUAAGAGAUAUGGAUCAUGAUUUUGAAACCACUGGAGGAUUUUUGAGUAACACACUUGGUCGAGUUACGAGGCUUAGUAGAAAUAGUGGUGGCUACAAUAUGUUAUAUCUAAUUUUAUUUAGUUUCGCAGUUUUUUUUGUACUGUAUAUAUUUUUAAAACUGAAAUAGAAAUCUGUAAUGUAUAAUAUAUUUAUUAUUACUAAUUAAUGGGAUCAGUAAUCAAAAUUCCAUGUUAUUGAAGUAUCUAAUGAUAAAAAUAUUUAAAUUGUAUGUAUAUUUUAUUAAAUAAACAUCAGAUAUUACUUUUUUAUAUUUUUGUUAUGGGUGUUUAAAGAUUUUAUUUACAAAUAAAACUGAUUAAUGUACUGUUAUAAAUUGUUUAAUUAUUAGUGAUAGUUAUAAUAAAGGUUCGGAUUUAAAGGCAAUGUAAUCAGUAAAAAAAGCAUUUAAAAUGUCAAAAAAUGCACAGUUUUCAGAAAAUCUCAUCGAUUUGUACCAUUUAUACGUAUGUCGUGUAUAAAACUAUUAAAUCAAUUGAAAAUUAAAUACAAUAAAGGCAUUUUUAAG